AUGAGUGCAAAAUCUAAAUUAAAAUCAAAAACAACAGAAACAUCAGCAACUUAUAAUGUUGUUAAAAAGAAGUCAACUGUUGUAAAACCAACAACAACAGCAACAACAAUAACAACUAAAAAGACAACAACUACAAAGAAUGAAGGUUUAGUAGGAAAAUCAAUUGAUAUAGAGAUAAAAAAACAUCAGACUCAAAAUGAAUGGUUAGAUUUUAGCUAUAGUCACGAAGGUGAGAAACUCUUUGGUAGAAUACAUGUCACUGAAGCAGAGGAGAUAGAUAAUCCAUUGGAUUCAAUUAUGAAGCAAUUGGAGGAGCGUGAUAUCAAUACAUUGAAAGCAACCGUUACCAGUGUAGAUCUAUUGAAUCGAUCGAUUCAAGUGAAUGCAUUCGAUCGUACCAAUCUAAAUCAACCAAUUCAACCAGCAACAACAGCGACAAAGCAACAAAAGAUUCCAGUUUGGUCAAUCGGUAGAUCUUCUAACCAAUCGAACGAUCUCAUUGUUAUUGUCAAUAGAAAUACCAUUGGUCUAAUCGAUAUCAUGUCGAAUUUCGCAACGGCCGACAGCUAUUACCAAUGUCUGAGAACACCUUUCAAACAGCUAUAUUGCCAGGCACAGAGUAGAAUCGAUGCCAAUACCAUUCGUUUGAAAUUGGAUAACACUAACGCCACCACCGCCACCACGCAGUUCAAGGUGGAAGUUGACAAGACAACCAUUGCCAUGGUGAAGCAAAUCGGAACACUCUCAAUGAAGUUGGUUCUGCCCGGGAAUAUGCCGGCCGAGUUAAAAGCAGUCGAUGUCUCGCCGAACCUCUACACUCAUCCAUUCAGUAUCUACAGUGAGGGUGACCUGCUCGAUGUCAAGAUUCUCAGUCGGUCAGCGACAUCCGGUAUCUUGGUUGGAACAUGUGAUCUCUCGACUAAAUUCAAUCCAAUACACACAAAGAAACCGGAAUUGAAAAGAAAACGUAUCAAUCUCAACACCACCACCGACACCACCACCACACCCGCAGCCAAAAACACCUUGAAUUUCGCUGGAUACGCCUAUAUCACUGCAAUCUACAAGGAUAUGGUUCGUUUAAUGUUAUCUACCAAUAUGGAUGGUGUAAUGAUGAUGGAAUCGGUACCAGAGUUGUUCCGUCCGUAUCUUGCUGUCGGUCGACAUGUUGCGGUGUGCGGACAACACUCUGCUGCUGCAGCGGACAAGUCAACGAAUGAAAUUCAAGUUACACUCAAUCAUAACAACUAUAAAAUCAAUGAGAAGGAUGUAGCUCUGCUGUCGGUCACUGGUUUCACCAAGACCGCUAUGACUGUUUGCAUCGUUGGCAAUCCAAAGACACGUGGACUGAUCUACCCGAAUGGACUGGACGGACCGACCGCCGAGCAAGUACAAACGAUUGAGCAGAUUCAAGAGCAAUACAAACCGGGCGAUAUCCUGAUUGGUCGUUGCAAGAAGUUGAACACCCCAAAGAAUCCACUGUACCGGUUCAGCGCAAAGGAAUCCGACUUGGAGGGUGUCGAUCUCGAGAAGGUGUCGCGUCCAACCUGGUCGGUGGAAGACGAACCCGAUCAACCAUAUACAAUCAACAAAUAUAAAUCAGUGGAUAUCGAGUUGGUAAAGAGUCAAUUGGAAUCGAUUGUAACAGAGACAACAGAAUCAAAUAAACCAGUACAAAAACCACAACAACAACAACAAUGGGAGACAGCAGAUUUCGAAUCAUUAUCUAAAAAGAGAAAACAACCAGAGGAAACAACAAAUAAGAUUAAGAUUACCAAACAGCAACAACAACAAGAGAUUGAAGCAGAGGAAGAUAUCAUUGAAGAAGAUGAUAUCGUAGAUGCUAAAAAGCAUAAACAAGAGAAAAAGAAAUCAAAACAUCAAAUUGAACAAGAUAUUAAAGAGAAAGAAGAUUUACUAUCAGAUCAUAAUAUACAACCAGAGAGUUCACAAGAUUUUGAAAGAGUAUUACUUGGUUCACCAAACUCUAGUUUUAUUUGGGUUAAAUAUAUGUCUUUUUAUUUGGGAUUAAAUGAAAUACAUAAAGCAAGAGAAAUAGGUGAGAGAGCAUUGAAAAAGAUCAUACCGACUGAAGUUUUAGAGUUGAGAAACGUUUGGAUUGCAUUGUUCAAUCUCGAGAAUAUGUAUGGCUCUAAGGAUUCGUUGUUAAAGUUGUUCCAGAAAGCCAUUCAAUAUCAGGAUCCAAAGACUAUGUACUUCUCGAUCGUCAACAUCCUCGAGGCCACCUCAAAGUUUGACGCCGAAGAAGAGUACUUUAAGAUGUUCUUCAAGAAGUUCCGUCAUUCCGCCAAGGUCUGGUGUCGCUACGGUGAGUUUUUGAUACGCGCCAACAAGGUCGAUCUCUUCCACCAGAUAUUGAAGCGUGCCACCGAGUCACUGCCGAAACGCAAACAGGUCGAAGUCAUCUCAAAGUUUGGUCAGUUGGAAUUCAAGCUGGGUGAAGCCGAGCGUGGUCGUACCAUCUUUGAGGGAAUGGUAUCGAGUUACCCGACACGUACCGACCUCUGGAAUGUCUAUCUAGACAUGGAGAUCAAGCUGUUCAAUGAGCAUAUCAAACAGCAACAAGACAGCAGCAACAACAACAGCAUGACCAAUCAACAACUACAACAACAACAAUCGAUAAUCAAGAGAAUACGUCAACUAUUUGAAAGAACCAUCACAUUGAAGACAUCGGAUCGUAACAUCAAACAAUUCUUCAAGCGAUACCUUCAGUUUGAGAAAGACAACGGUGAUCAACAAUCGAUUGAACACGUUAAACAAUCUGCACUUGCCUAUGUAGAAGAUUUAAAUUAA